GCUAUUUAUAAUUUCUGAUUUUCCACGAAUUGUUUACAUUUUACUGCGGCAGGGCACGUACCACAAUAAAGAAACGCUGAUUUCGAGAAAUUAGUUUGGAAUUUUCCCAUUGAUAUUAAAAGGUUGAUCCAAACAUGUAAUAUUUCAAACACAAGUCAACAAGACAGAGUGAAUACACGAGAAAAAUAUACCAGUUUGGAUCGAUGUACAUGUAAUAUAUAUAAAAAGGGUAAUCGACCAGGAUGGAAACGGACUCGGACUGGCCGAAGUUUCUCCAGAAAGCACACGUCUGCUUUCAGAAUGGUGACAUCGCCAACGCCAAAAUAUCUGCAUCACAGCUAUACGAUUCCAUUGGUUUGUUUUACCAAGAGGAGAUGGACGACACAGUGGUUUGUGAUGCUUACAACCAAUGCAUGGCUGUGUCCCUCAUGAUCAAUGACUACAGUUUGGCAGUAAAGUGUUUUUACAGACAGAGAUUUCACUCACAAGAAUAUAUGAACCCUGGAUUGAUGUGGAAUGACGUUUUAACAAAUCAAGAAAUAAACUUGGCUCGGAAACUGAAGAUGAUACGUGACGCAAGGUCAAUCAUUGAGGAGUAUGAGAGUACACGUGGUACAAAUACGUGUUUCUCAGUACAUAUGAAGGAAAUACAGCUGUGCUACAGAACGGUGCACAGGAUCUACGGUGCAGAAAAAUCAAACACAGAAUUCAUUUUACGUGAAAUUCUGCAAUACGAUAUCAGCAAUGGAUGGAAACUACUGAAUGAAAAAAAGCCUGAAGUGGUGUGUGACCUUUGCAAACAUCUUUCAGUUACGAAAAGUCAUUCAUCAGACCCUAAUUUAACAUUGGUGAUGGAGCUCUGGGCGCAUGCUCUUGAGCAGCGUGGAAUGCUGGAUGUAGCCAUCAGCAAGGUCGAAAAUGCCAUAGCUAUGGCGGGAGCGACUCACGACAUGUCCUCCUUUGAGGGUUUACUAAAUAGAUUGAAAACGAAUGCUGUCAAAAUGCAUCAAGAUCCACCGAAGGCAAAGCAGGGUACUGCAACUGUAAAAGGAGCAGAGAAGGGUAUAUCGAAUGCGAACAAACAAGAACAAAAAAAGAAAGAAAGAACACGUGAAAGAAAAGUUAAGAAACUGAGAAAAGAACAAAAUAGCCUGGAAGAAUCGGACAUCAUAGAAAGGGAAGGUUCUGAAUUAAAUUGUCCAAGAGUUGAUGGAUUACGCGAAACUACAGAGACUGAAGUGGUGCCCACCUUGAGAGACGACUCUCCAAAAACCUGGAAAGACGUCACAGAAUUUGACUUGCCUAUUAGCAGGCCAGGACGGAAAAGACGACGUAAUCGUACUGGUGACUCUGGUUUGUCCUCUAUUGGAAACGGAACAGGAACUGCAGACGAGGGAAGCGAGGUUAAUUCAGGGGGGUCCGGCAUUUUUUCUAACAUGCACGUAGUAGAAUCAGAUGAAAGUGAGGAAGAAUACCGACCACUGCCUUCAGGUCCAUCAAAUGAUCUUCAGUUCAUUGAGCAAACAUCGUAUUCUAGCCCGCGUUAUAUCAACGAUACAAACGUAGAGGAUGAUCACCAGGAAGAUACGUUUUUCAGUGAGAGUUGCGACCGUAUGUUACAAACCAAGGAAAAGGAAUUGAGCACAAUGCUUGAUAUUAACGAACAGAUAUUGCGAAAUGGGUUGGAGUUGUCGGAUCGGUUUAUUGGAAGCUUUAAGAGAAGCAAAAUGAAAUUUUCUGAGUAUCCAGAUUUGUACUCAAAGGAAGAAUCAUUGCAGCUUUGGUCUAGGAAUCGAAAAAAGUACAAACACUGUAGAAUUACCAUUGAAACGUCCCAUGGAGCAGUAUGUACAGUGCUGGAUGAAAAAGACAAAGUCAAAACCAUAGAAAUAUCUGGCAGGUCAAAAUGUGGGAAGGUUUAUAACGAAGACGAAGUUGUAGUAGAAGUUCUCAACGAAUGCCCAAAAGUAGAUGUUAUUCCACGUCUAAAUAAAACUAUCAAUGUUAGACCGCAAAGUGACGAAAAAUUGUAUGGCAAAGUGGUUGGAAUAACCAAGAGAACGCGUUUUCCCACGAUCAAAAACCCGGUAUUUCUUUGUACAUUUGAUGAUUUCGAAACACACUUGAUGAAGCCACGAUGCAAGACUGUCCCGAAAAUUAGCAUUCUACACAACAAUUGUCAGAAUAAGUUCCAAGUGGAGACAUAUAGGUAUGAUGAGAAUACAAAUGAUUUAAAAUUUGAAGGAUUGAAGGCAAUUGAUCCGGCUAACCGCAAAGGAUAUUUGUGCCUUGUUUGUCUAAUUUGUUGGAAUGAGCUUUAUCCUGUUGGAGCAGUUCUCUCCAUACACAGCUACAGUGACAAUACAAAUUCCAGCUUGAAGGUUUUGUGUCUUCAAAACCAAAUACCGACUCAUUACAAUGAAGAUACUGUGCAGUUGACAAAUGAUAUAGUUCAGAAUCCCCUUUUAGAGAGCGCAGAGGAGCUCAGAGAACACGUUGCUGAUGACCUCAUGGUCUUUACAAUCGACCCCCCAGGAUCCAAAGAUUUAGACGACGCACUGAGUGUGAAAAAGAUAGGAGAGGAUCGCUACGAAAUUGGAGUGCACAUUGCUGACGUAGCAAGUAUAGUGGUAAAAGGUGAUGCCAUCGAUAAAGAAGCUAAGGAAAGAUCAAGAACCUUUUAUCCUGGAGAAGGUUGUCGACCUCAUCACAUGUUACCAGAGCCUCUUAGCACACAUAUUUGCAGCCUUUUGCCAAACGAAAAUAGGAGUGCAAUUUCUGUAUUUUUUGUUGCUACUUCCUCUGGGGAUGUGCUGAACAUGUCAAAUCCAACAAUCAAAAGAACAAUUGUAAAGUCGUGCCGUCAGUUAACGUACCAAGAGGCCCAAUCAAUUAUAUCUUAUCAGCAUGAAAACACAGAACCAGAAUUAGAGCAACAAAUUCGUGUUUUAAAUGCGAUUGCAAAGGAACGACGGAAGAAACGUCUUGGAAAUAAACGUUUUGCCUUCCCAUUUGAACCCGAAUGCAUGGGAAGUAACGACAGCUAUUACUCUGCAGAAGAUGCUCAUAAUCUUGUGGAGGAAUACAUGAUUUUGGCAAACCAUUUUAUUGCUAACUUUCUGUUGGAUAAAUACCCACAUUGUGUGCCACUCCGUGUCCAGGAAGAACCUUCAGCAGAGACAGUGAGAGAAUGGAUGGGGUCAUACCCUGUCAUUGGGAAUUUCGUUCUUGGAAUUCAACAUUUGCCUUUACCAGACAAAACGGCGAUUGAAGUGCGUAAAGUGCCAUCAUUGAGAUGGAAUAAAAUCUUUCCCAUUCAGCUUCAUGUGUGGAAAAAACUUACCUCGGAUUUAAGGGAAUCAAAAUUUGAAGAGGUACAACGUGUUGUUGGAACAGAUGCAAUUCAUCCACAGCAGGCAUUAGCAUUGGAAGCAUGGAUUUCUUUUCAGGAGACCGCAGAAUACAGAUGUUCUGGAAAUUUGGGAAGAAGAAGCGGUUGUCUUCACUUUUCCCUAGGAAUUUGCCGAUACACUCACUGUACUUCUCCUAUUCGCAGAUACUCGGAUAUCAUAGCCCAGAGAUUGAUUCAUGCAGCACUUGAUGGAAGAAAUUCUCCGUACACAAAGGAGGAGGUGGAAAGAAUAUGUGAAAACAUUAACAAUGUCACAAAACGAGAGAAAGCGUUUGAAAAACAGUGUUUUGCUCUUCAUUUUGGAAAGAAACUUUCGAGAAAACCAGUUUUGUGCAAUGCCAUGGUCCAAAAUGUCUCGGAGAAAGAAGUAUCGUUGCAUUUCCCAGGAAUGAGGAAACUUCCAAAAGACUGUAAAGAUAUUCCUUAUCACAUGUUAAAAGUCAGUGCUAAACCAGUGGUGAAGCCUGGUGAAGACUCAAAAUCAUUUGCUUCACUAUUGUGGCAACAACGACUAUACUCAUUUACAGGAUACGCCCCCAAAAUACGGCUUAUGAACAAAGGACUCCCGGUACGGAUUGAUCCACACCAACGAGUGACCUAUCAACAGUUGCCGAAAUGGCAGAAGAUCCUUAAAGCGAUAUUGGACAGUAGGCAUUCCCAGCUUAAAGGAGCAUUCUUUGGAACGGAUCACCCUGAUGUGAACAUGAGUCAAUCCGUACCUGCAUGCUUCAACACAGAAGCUGACGUUAGCUCAGAGGUUAGAGACGGCAACGUCAUACAACAAUGUUGCGAAUUCAGCAUGAGUGUAAGUCAUGGUCAGAUUCUAGCUGUGCAGUUGAUGGCAGAACCAAAAAAGGGAGUUAUGGUACCCUCAGUCCAAAUGGUGGAUGUUACAAACAAUGUGAAAUUAUGUCUUCAGCACAUUACGGAUCCAGUGAAGUGUUUUGCAAGUUAUUAUACCAAAACAGUUCCAAACCAAAUCAAAUCUCCUGUCGAGUACACGAGAAUAUGGCUGAACAUCUUUCGUAUGGAGUCAGCUGUGAAAAUGGCCCAAAGCAUUCCUGUUGUCAUCAAUGAUUUACCGAUUCAAUUUUCUGGAGGGCCAGACAGCAGUGAUUGUAUCUUUGUAUUACGAAAUUCAUUCUGUCUGAAAAGAGACAUAGAAUUUGGAUGCUUGUCACAGAGAAUGAUAAUCUUUGGGGAGGAAAAUAACGAAGAAGAGAAAGAGUCGCAAUAUCUUUUAAGUUCAGAUUGUGUAUGUAUUAGAUGCGACCUUGUGAAAGGAAUACCUUCUCGUUUUACCAAUGACACCUCACCCAAUGACAGACACAUAUGGAUAGGUCACGGAGAAAUCAGCAUCUUGCAAAAAGGGAAAAAGAACGGCAAAGUGAAAAUACACAUUCGUUUGCACAAGGACAGUCCACGACCAACUCUAGAAAUGUGUUCCAAUCCACCACCUCGAUGUAGCAUUGAACUCCUUCAAAAAUCUGAUGCAGACAAGCGCGUUGAAGCAACGUUAAGUUGUCUUGGUAAAGCAACAGAUUUGGCAAAAGCAAUUGCAUUGGGAAAUAAGAUCUCGAGACUCGACAAGGCUCAUUUCGACUUGUCCCAGAAAAUAGAAGCUGAUGUGACAAUUUGUAGAUUAGCACCAAACAACAUUCAACAGUUGAAAGCGAUAAAACGUGCUUUGGGUAAUCGAUUCAGCCUUAUUCAAGGACCACCGGGUACGGGGAAAACAUACACAGGAAUAAAGCUCAUCUAUCUGUUUGUGAAAAUUAACGAAAUUCUGCGAAAGGAAGGAGGUGAUCACAAGCAAGUUGUAUUCUGUGGACCAUCCAACAAAUCUGUGGACUUGGUUGCUCGCUGGAUGCUAAACAAAUUCGAUGAUCAUACGCCCAAUAUUGUGCGCAUGUAUGGCAGUUCGUUGGAAAACUCUGUUUUUCAUAUCCCCGGAAGAGAUUACACCAGUAGAACCUCGUGCAAAGAUAACAGACCAGAUCGCGAAUUGACAAAUAUCUCGCUACAUCAUCGUAUUCGUGAAGAGGGCAAACCGUAUGCCGAAGAAUUAAGGAACUAUGAUAACAUGUUCAAGAAUAACCCAAGUUUCUCUGAUCACAGCGAAAUAGGAAAUUAUAAGAAAGUUUGCAGCAAGGCUUGCCAGGAAGAAUUAAAACACUAUGAUGUCAUAUUUUGUACCACUGCUGUUGCUACAAAUGCAAGGUUUUUGAAGGCUACAAAAGGAAAAAUUUAUCAAUUGAUUAUUGACGAGGCUGGAAUGUGCACUGAACCGGAAACCCUUGCACCAAUCAUCGCCACCAGAGCAGAACAGGUUGUUCUUAUUGGUGACCACAAGCAGCUUCAGCCUGUAGUGCUUUGCAAAGAGGCAGCAUCACUUGGAUUGGAAAAAUCAUUAUUUGAACGAUAUGCCAGUCGAGCUGUGUUCCUCAACUGCCAAUAUAGAAUGAAUCCCAGAAUAUGCGAUUUCCCGUCAGAACAGUUUUACCAGAAUAAGUUGGAAACGAUGCCUUCUAUAGCGUGGAAGGUGAGGGAACCCUUAUCCCUUUGGAAUUUUCCGAUGGUACCACACUUGUUUUGUCAUGUUGAAGGUGUAGAGGAGUCCUUAAGUGUCACCACAGAGGAAGGAAAUCAGCAAUCAAAAAGCAAUAUGGCCGAAGUAGAGCAAGUGGUUCGAAUCUUCAGUGAGCUGGUUAUUCGUGAAAAAGUGGGUCACAAACAAAUCAACAUCAUAUCUCAGUACAACGCCCAGUGCUACGCUAUAAAAAAGGCACUAGAAAAGCAUAAAUUCAUCAAUUUCAACGUGAACACUGUUGUAGCAAGUCAAGGUGGUGAGUGGGAUUACGUGAUAUUCAGCACCGUCAGAUCACUCCCAGAAUACAGAAUAGAACCCAACCCAACCCUAGGCUGGUGUAAACAAAAUCUUGGGUUUAUCACUGACCAACAUCAGAUCAACGUGGCCCUUACACGGGCAAGGAAAGGACUCAUUAUCAUAGGAAACAAACAGCUGAUGAAAUGCGACAAAGUUUGGAACAACUUACUAACACACUACGGUCGAAAAGGCUGCGUCGUGGACGUGGAAUCUGUUAAAUCCAGGCGCCAAAAGAAACCGAGAAAGAUCCGAGAGGCUACAGAGGAAGAAUUCAAAGCUUUAACUUAAUCAGAGAAUCAAAUUUAAGUAGGCAUGGUCCUACAGUACUUCAGUUUGUUGUACAUCAGGGGUUUUCUCGCAUUGGCAGUGUAAAAGUGUGUAGAUGGCAAUAUUGUUAUUCUGUUUAUUUCUGUAGGUAUUGUUGAAAAGUUUUUGUUAAGUAUAUAAUUAUAUUUUGUUUUGAUUUUUUUUUUAUUCAAUGCUUCAAGGAAUUCAUCCUCCUAGGCACCUGUUCCAACCUCUGGUGUGUCCAGGGGUCCGUGUUUGCCCAACUAUAUAUUUUGUAUUGCUUGUAGGAGUUGAGAUUGAUCACUGUUUUUAUCUUCACCUUUCAUCAUGAAUAGUUUUCAUAAAGUAUUUAAAAUAUUGUUUAUUUUAGGAAUGUUUUGUAUAAUCAAUUUCCUCUCUCGCUGUAUUGAAUAUAAUGAAUUUUCAUCGUCACCUGUAUCAUAUGUAUAUAUAUAUAUAUAUAUAUAUAUAUAUAUAUAUAUAUAUAUACAUGUAUAUAUAUCAACAUAUCCUUCAUCUCAUUAUUAAGUAUUGUGGCACCGGUGACAUAUCUUCUUUUGAAAUGUAUAAAUUUGUCAUUUAAAGAUCUCUAAUAAUAAAAGAGCAUUAUGAUGAUACAUUAUCACAGUUUAAACUUUGUUUUGAUAUAAUCUUAUUUUUGUUCCAACGUAUUUAUUGAUCUGCACUAACUGUGAUAAAAUAGAAUUGAGAUUUUCGUAACAUAUUUUAUACUGUUGACUCAAGUGUCAAUUUCUGGUUACUGUAAUAUCCUAUGUUAAUUCAUUACUGGUAUCUUAUGUGUGUGUGUUUUUUUAUAUUGUUAUUUUGAUACACGUGUAUGACCAUUUUAAAUUAUUACUUUGUUUUCUUGUUCGAGUUUUGUAAUUUUUUAAAACUUUUGUUCUUUAAACAUUUUUGUCUUUUCAUGAAUAUUUUUCAUUGUUAUCAACCAUUUCUUUUAAAUAAAUUAACAAAAAUUAACAAA